GGCGGCUACGGCAGCCGGCGGGGGCCACGCGCCGCGCCUCAGUGUCCGCGCCGCUCGCAGCGCUGCCGCCGGGGGGGCCUGGCCGCCAUGGGCGCCUGGGAGUACGUGAGCGCCGAGCAGCUGGGCGGCUUCGACAAGUACAAGUACAGUGCCGUGGACAGCAACCCGCUCUCCCUGUACGUCAUGCAUCCGUUCUGGAACACGGUGGUGAAGAUUUUCCCCACUUGGCUGGCCCCAAAUCUGAUAACCUUUUGUGGCUUCCUUCUGCUUGUCUUCAACUUCUUCCUCAUGGCAUACUUUGACCCCGAUUUUUAUGCUUCUGCACCUGAUCAUGUGCACGUUCCAAAUCGAAUAUGGAUCAUGGUGGGUCUCCUCAACUUCAUGGCAUAUACGCUAGAUGGUGUCGAUGGGAAGCAAGCUCGCCGAACCAACUCCAGCACCCCACUGGGUGAGCUCUUUGACCACGGCCUGGACAGCUGGGCCUGCAUGUACUUCGUCGUGACUGUUUACUCCACCUUCGGCCGGGGAUCCACUGGAGUCAGCGUCUUCGUUCUCUAUCUCCUUUUAUGGGUGGUUUUAUUUUCAUUCAUCCUCUCCCACUGGGAGAAGUAUAACACAGGGAUUCUCUUCCUGCCCUGGGGAUAUGACAUCAGCCAGAUGACCAUUUCCAUUGUCUACAUAGUGACAGCGAUUGUGGGAGUUGAGGCCUGGCACGCGCCUUUCCUGUUUAAUUUCUUAUAUAGAGACCUAUUCACUACAAUGAUUCUUGGUUGUGCACUCACAGUGACUCUGCCAAUGAGCGUGUACAACUUUUACAAGGCCUAUAAAAGUAACACCCUGAAGCACCACUCACUCUAUGAAAUAAUGCUGCCAUUUCUCUCACCGGUGUUACUGUUUGCUCUGUGCACUACCUGGAUUUUCGUGUCGCCAUCGGACAUCCUGGAGGUCCACCCUCGGCUCUUCUACUUCAUGGUUGGAACAGCCUUUGCUAACAUUUCAUGCCAGCUGAUUGUGUGUCAGAUGAGCAACACCCGAUGCCAGCCUCUGAACUGGAUGCUGCUGCCACUAGCGGUGGUUGUUUUCGUGGUGCUCUAUGGAUUAGCACCAAAUAAUGAAACAAUUCUCCUGUACACAUUAACAGCAGUCAUCACCGUGGCGCACAUUCACUACGGAGUGUGUGUGGUGAACCAGCUAAGCAAGCAUUUCAAUAUCCGACCCUUCUCACUAAAGAAGCGCAGUACAGAUUGACUAGAAGUGGAAGAACAGAAAAUCGGCCUGCAGGCUGCAGAAGUACUGUAAAUAGCUGCUGCAAAUAUCCUGUAAAUACUUCAACCAUCACCACAGAUCUAAAUUUAUCCUCUGGACAGACACUGGGGCAGUGUGCGUGUGGUAUCCAGCAUCGGCAGGGAGGGCUGGGCACGAGGUCUGGCCCCGACUGCCAUUCUUGUACCGCAUGGAUAUGGAUGGGAUCCGAUAAGGCGAGUAGCCUUCAAAGCUAUUUCUGUAUAUUCAGACCAGUUGAUUGUUCCCAGUGACAUCUCAAGUCCUAACUCUUGAAGUAAAGCUGGUUCGGGAACAUGGAUCGCUUUACUCAAAGGUGACUGCUGGAAGUCAUCAGAAGUAACAUAGCAGCUGAGUUAGAAUAGAGGGCCUGAGGCAUCCAUAAUGGUGCUGCCUGAGCCAUGAGGCCAAUGAGGAACAUCCUGGUGGUAUGCAAAGGCUUGUAGGUGACCUCUGUCCCUGCAUGGUUGCCCAGGACAGACCGUUGAAUUUGUUUCCCUCUGUGUUGCUGUACCCUCUUGCACAUGUGUGCACACAUCCAUUCAAAUUCUCUUUUUAGGAAUAUAUAAUGAUAUCCAACUCAGAAAUUGAGGCAUUUCACUGGAAAUAACAAUGGUCAAAGCAUCUUUAUUCCCGUUUCCCAACUCCGCUCCCCUCUUGUUUUUCCAGCUGUGCUUAAUUGAACCACAUCCUAACAGUAUUCUCGUUGCUGACUGCACGUUUCCUGUGUGCGUUCUUUGAGUGCUGCAGGUCUGUGUGUUCCCAUGAGCUUAACGGCACUGGUUAUCUUCGGGGUGGCAAGUGCCCAACGGCAGCCUAUAACAGUUAUGCAGGGCUAGAUCUUCUCUUCUGUGACACUAGUAUGACCUGCUUGUUAAGGGGUGGGUUGGUGGCUCAUUGCAAGGUAUCUGGACCUCUUCUAACUUUAGAUCUGUGGCAGUGCUAUCUCUGGUCUGCUGUGCCUGCAUUCAGAUACACUUAUCCCCUCCAGGUACUCAAAUAGUGACAAAUCCCACAGCUUGGAAAAACACCUUACCAGUCAUGACUGCACACUUCUAUACAUACGGUAUUUGGGGGAAGGAAUGGAGAUUACUUGAAGUAUAGAUUUAUUUUUGACAUCACUGUCCUCAUAGCUAGACCGCACAUCUCAUCCAAGGAGAUUAUUUCUGUUUACUAUUCACACACUUGAUUUGAUUGGCAUUAGUUGUUAAUUUGUUUGAACUGCGUGGUGGUGAAGUUUGAAUGCCGAUUUUCUUUUCUGUUCACUUUUAUUUAAUGAAGACUUGUGCUUGAAUGAAGAGUGCAGCCUAAACCCAGCGUUCUGGACAGGCUGCAUCCGGAAGCAAACAAGCACAGCAGAGUGUUCAUAUGUAAUUUUACCAUGGGAACAAAUUCAUUCAGACAUGGAUGUUGUAAAACUUGGGUAGUAGUUUGGUCACAGCGUGUUCCUUCUGUUGGUGAGAAGUCAUCUGCAUUAGGAAAACUUAGCUGUAAUUACUAUUUAACAUUUUUUUUUCUUUUGUACGUUUGAAUCAUUGUCAUGGGAAUUAUGAAAUGUAAAAUUCAGAAGCCAUUUCACAACAUUUAUUGUAAAUAGGUUGUUUUUUACUUUGAACUCAAACCUAGGUGGUGUUGUAUAAGAGAUCAGAGAGGUACACCCUGCGAAGAGCAGGGAAACAAGCUGAUGCAGGGAGAUCUCACUGCUGCUUCCUUCUUUCUUGUGUUUAACAUCAUGUUUGUUUGAGUUUUGGGGGCUGAAAUGACAGAGCAAGUUUUGUGUUGGUGUCAUGACUAUAAAUCUGGACUGGAGAAAGGCGUUUAAUCUGGGAGAGGGGGGAGUCCCCUUUCAGACAUUAUUUAAUAAAGUAGCUUACUCAUGUAUAUUUACUGACCUUGCACAGGAGAAGCCUACAUGUACAGAGGAAUUACGUCGUGCUUGAAUUUUUGAUGCUGUAGCUGUUGAAUGAAUUAUAAUAAUUAUGGGCAGAUUAAUUUAAAUCAUAGUUGCACAGGAAACAUAAGGAAAGCUGAACCAAGCCUUGGAAAUGGGGGACAAUGUUUAAAUACCUGUGGAACAUUUUUCAAGUGGAAAAGCCUGCUAGCGGCAGUGAUACAGAGCUGAGGUGGGGCUUCCUGUCCCCUCCACGUUCAUGUAUUGACGGACCAUGAAGCACAUGGGUGAUUUACCCAUCAGCAUUCAUGCUAAGGGGUUUUCUAGUCCCAAAGUUUGAAGUAUGGUGUUGUGGGUGUUCUGUGUUUUGUGGCAUCUCCUCAUCAUGGCAGUAUUACUGCAUUUAUGGACCGGGGUGAGGGACAUUGUGAGAAUCCAUCUGCUUCCUGAUUUUUGGGGCAGCAUUUUUGGUUCCUUUUAGCACAUGGUUUGUGAGCGUAGCUAUGCGUCACAAUCAACUAUACUUUGUAGCUAUACAUAGAAAUGUGCCCUAAAAAAUCCACCCUUGGUUGUGUAUGGGCCGGCCAUUACAGCAGGAUUUCCACUCAACACGUCCCCAUUUUAUCAUCAGGCUCUUCAGGCGGGAUGCCUUUCUCCUUAAAACUGGAGCUGCUUUUUAUCUAUUCAGGCUAAUCUCUGAGGAAUCUUGGAUUUUAGUGCCUUAACCGUACUACACCUUGACACUAGCACAAUAUUUACAAACAGGUUAGCUGGAAAUGCAUUGGGGUCGAAUGCUGCGUGAGUUGAGGCAGGCGAGUGAAAAGAUCAAGUAGAGCAGGGUUUGGUGUCAGAUCUUGUUCUCUGGGCACGGUUUGCCACACGGUGUUUCCAUGCAUGCUGUUUUGGUCUGAAUGUAGUAACUCAAGCUUGUUAUCGCAGAUUCUGGGGAGAGAAAUGCUUGGUCAGAGAGACUGAACAAAUCUUGCCCUGUUAAGGAUCAGGCGGUGGGGAGAAAUGAGUCUCUCUCCAGCUGGGAUGUUUUCCUAAGUAAUUUUUUUAAAUAAGCAUGUUCUCUAUUGAAGGGUUGGGCUGCGUGACGGGUGUCCCUGUGUCCACUCACCAAGGUCAUACUAAGAUGCUUGUUCCUUGUUGAAUUGAGCCUCUUCGUUUUGUAGUGGGGUGGAAGUUCCUUUCCGAGCUAUUUUCCUCUCGGGAAAGAUCGCGACCAUCUUCUCAUUCGUUACCCUGUGCGUCUGUGCUUAGCAUUCCCUUUCUUCAUACUGGAGAGGUGAUCCAUUUCUUUUGGGCUGGGGAAGGGGCAGUUUCUGCCAGGCAAAGACUUAAGCUGCCAAAGAAUAACUUAUCGACACACCUACCCCUGCAGUCUUUGAAAAUGUUCCCCAAAUUAUACUGCAGUGCCACAGUUUGUACCUUGACCUGAAAUACCGGCAAGAAGACAUUAGCAUCAAUGAAGGAAGCCUGUAGGCUCUCAGUGUGCCUGAGUAAUGUUGUGAGGUUUAAUAUUGAUUAAAAUGUGGUUACUAGAGGUGAGUUAAGUGGGUGACUUCCUCACUGAGUAUUGCAUGGCUUUCCUUCUCUUAUCCAUUGCAUCUCAGGAGGCUCGUGUCCUACUUCCACUCCUGUGUCUGGCCAGAAGAUUAUGCUCACAAAAUAAGCUACUGGUUUCCUGAAGGUGCUUCUCUUUCUUACCUUCCCAUGGUCAGGCAAAAGGCUUUGCUUUGCUUUGCUUUAAGGUGAGGUAUUUGCUGAGUAUUUAGGAGCUAAACCAAAGCUCAUUACAUGGCUUCUCUGGUGUUGGAAAGGACUCGUAACGCGCCCAGCCUCAUUUCCUUGGAGAGGCUUUUCAUGACUGUUUUUUAGAGCAAGCUUAUGGUUGGCAGCUAGCCCUGCAGCCUCCCACAACCCCCUGGGGCUCUAUGCCAGCGCUGUGUGUGUGUUUGUACCCCAGCUAGAUGAUGUACAGGGCUGAGCCUUUGAAGUCAACGACUUGUGAAUAAAAGGUAGCCAUUACAGUCCGCAUUACCAUCUCAUAUAAGCAGUUAUGUUGCAGCUCUUCCAUUAGGAAAAAAACAUAGGAAAAGCAGGGGCUGUGGUGCAAGGAGUAUCACGUCCCUUCCCCAGCCCAUUGCACCGAUGCACUGCCGUUAGCCCCUGUUGCUGCUGUACUUGAAGACGUUGAUACCUGUGGCCAACGUUCGCCAGCUGUGAAUCUCGUGGAAGACCUAUCUGUGUUGGUCGUUAAAGCAAAACGUGCAAACUGUGUUCCUGGGGUUGGGCUCCUGAGAUCUCUUGCCAGGCUCCUCGGUGGAAAUGGCCUCCUCUGUUUUCCAGUGUUCCCAAGCACUUAAAACUGCUGUUGACUAACAUGGGAGCUGCGCUGCUGACCAGACCAGUUCUGUCCAGGCUCCUGGACUAGCCCCUCUCGUGAGAGCAGCUCUUUGGCCUCUUACAACAAAUCCGGUCUGUCUGUUGGGAGAGUCUCAUCUCUCUCGCUAUUUCUUUUGGGAACUUGAGGCCCAGCUGAGUUUUUUCUUACCCUUCAUAGAUCCAAGUGUGCAGCUCUGCUGCUUCCCAUGCUCGUGAUCUGAACAGCUGAGACGCUUUGGUUUUAGCCAAUGGUGAACUAGCGGCUUUAAGAAAAAAACAAAAAUACUUCUCAGGUGACCUCUCCCUUUGCGAAGGAAACUUUCUGGCAAGUUGCUUCUCUUGCUUUAUCCUACCACGCUCAGAUGGAGGUGAAUCAUUUGUCUGAUGAAAGCCACUGGAGAAUCUCUCUGUCUCUCUCCCGUGUCAGGAAGUGUACAUUUCUUUUACGUGCUGUGCCACUUAAUUGGGUGUCUUGGACCAGUAGGGAUUAUGGUGAGCCACUAAGCAGUCUUAAUGCAUAUUUGGUCUUUGCUUAAAUGUAGAGGAAGUAACCCUGGGGUAAGGGUAGCCGUAGCUAAGACGAAGUAUUUGCUACUAUCUUGCUUGCCUUACCCAUUCAUUCUACCUCAAACACUAGGAAGUGGCAGCGAUCCAGGGCUAAUGAGACAGCACGAGACCAACUGACCAGGACCAUGGUUAGGACAGAAGUUGUCCGACCUCUUCCCUGCUGAACAAGGAUGCAUGCUCGGUGUCCUGGCAGCCAGGAGGAGGUGAACAGAGCAGGGGGGUUAUCCUACAGCAUUUUGCUCCUAGCGAGCUCUCACCCCAGUCAGGGAUGCUGUUUGCUACCAGUAACUCGGUCAGCCGCUACCGUGCAGCCCUAGAGAACAUGCCCCAGGAGCAGAGUUUACGAUGCUCAGUUCUGGUUGUUACUUGCCAGGUUUGGACUGACACAUCUCGAUGCCAGGAUAUAAAUCUGCCUCCUUCACUCGUUCAACCAGGACCUACUUUGUUCUCACUUGACAGCUAUUCAGCCUGGCACAGUUGCUUCCAGACAGCAGAUCUGAUGGCCUGGGAGGCUUUAUCUGAGCACAGCCUUGGCUGUCCCUGACCAUGUGCCUAUGUUUAAUGCCUGCGGGCAGCCAAAGCUCGGAGCACAGCUCCACUGGGCAAGGUGAAGAGAGACUCAUCUGUGCAGAGUUCUUCCAGGCGUGCUGCUCCUCAUAAGCUCCCUGCGGGGGCUUGGCAUUAGAUUAAGCUCAUUCAAAACGAGGGACUUUUUGCUACAGAAUAAGCUCAUCUACCCUGUUGAUCCCAAAUUGCUGCACUCUAGAUCCACACCCUCCCUUUGCCCGGCUGAGCAUCCUGCACAGGCCAGCCCUCUAGAAGUGGUUUGGUGGGCUCUUGUCUUUUGCUUCAGGCUUUCCAUGCCUGCAAGCUCCCCUGGCAAGGAGUGGGUUUCCCAGCAGCCAACCUGUUGAAUCUGAAGGCUAAGAGCUGAGCUGGGCUUUUUAAAGCCUGUGUUGUCUCCAGUAAGAGACUGUAGGCCUAAACCUUGCUCCUUAAAUAACAUGCGUUGAGCAAACCGGGCUGGACUGAAGUCCCGCUGGUCUCCUCUAGCACUGUGGGCUCUGCAGGGCUGGUGGGAAAAACCAUGUCACCAGAAAGAUUUUCAAAAGCUCCUAAGCAACUUGCAGCGGGAGUUGUGUGCUUAAAUUGCUUAGGCUUUUGGAAAUCCCUCCUGCAGCUCCAUCACAGCCAGCCGAGCAAGCUGGUGGGGCUCUUCCCAUCAUGCAGUGCACAUCCCACAGGUGCUCUUUUUGUCUCUCCUUCCAGCCAUUCUCUUCAUCUCUUGGGGUCAGGGCAUUUGCUUCCAGGGUCACACUUCCCCCUCCCUCCAAAAAUGAGCUUUAUCGACCAGUAACUCUAUGUUGGACCCGUCGCACGCCCUGAGCCCAGCCCAGUGCAGUCGAGCUGGUGUCUCUCUCGGGGCUUUUGACAGACGAUUUGGCCGUCACUUUGCUGCAGUUAAUGGUGGGUAAGCUGCUGGGCUGACCUCCUGGACUCUUCUGGUCUUGGAGACUCUGAGACAGUGUGAAUAAACAGUUUGUGAUUUAAAAAAUUUUUUUUUUUUGUUUUUAAUUUUUGUUUCAUGUUGGACCUUGUGAGAACUCUACUUGGGGGCAGCUGCACCCUUGCAGAGGGUAGGUAUGAGGCACGGGCACCUCUGUACUCAGACCCGCAGCCUUUGUGCUUCCCCCCGUGCACAGGGGGAGCCUUCCUCCUUUAUAUAUUGCACUCUGGCUUUCUGUUCUGCGUAGCCCAUGUCGCACCACACCAGAGGGGAUCUAGACCCCGGCUGGGACCAGUCACACCUAAGCAAGCUGUACAGAGCUGCAUCAAAAGCAAAACCGGAGCGCGCUCUCGAGUCGUGUCACUGCAGAGUUCUGUGAAACCUGCUCAUUCAUCGGGAUCCAUGUGUUUUGUUGUCAGGAAUUUAAGAGUACUGAAGUGGAUUUGAAUUCCAGUCUGUUUAAAUGCUAUUACUGAAAUAUUUAUUGUAAAAAUAAAUAAAUAAAUAAAUAAAAUAAAGAGAAUAUUAAUUUAAAUGUCAGUAAAAAAUAAUAAUAACAAUAAAUUUUUUUUCCAAGCCUUUUAA